GAAAGAGUCCUUCUCAGUACUAUGAAUUCUGAACUUUUUCUCCACCAGAAUGGUCGUUGUGUCAAAAAAUAUCAUGGUAUGGGCUCUCUAGAAGCAAUGACUAAGGGGAGUGAUGCAAGAUACUUUGGUGAUACUGCUAUUUUGAAGAUUGCUCAGGGACAGGGGGUUGUUGGAACAGUAGCAGAUAAAGGUUCUGUCCUGAAGUUUAUACCUUACACAAUGCAAGCAGUCAAGUAAGGUUUCCAGGAUCUUGGUGCUUCCUCUCUGCCUGCUGCACAUGAACUUUUAAGAUCAAGCACACUGAGGCUAGAGGUCCGAACUGGUGCAGCACAAGUUGAAGGUGGAGUCCAUGGACUGGUUUCAUAUGAAAAGAAACACUUUUGAUCUUUCAAUAGUCCAGUAAUCUAAUCUUAAGCUGCUGGCUGCUGCUGGCUGCUGCUGGCUGCUGCUGGCUGCUGCUGGCUGCUGCUGGCUGCUGCUGGCUGCUGCUUGCUGCAUUGUGAAUUUUUAUUCAUGGUUCAAGCAACAAAUGAUGUUUAGAAGUUGAAACCUUUUCCAGAAAUACGCAUCCAAUCAGGGGAACUGGGGAUGAUGGCUGAAAGCCAAGGAUGCAAACCAGUUAUCUGGGAAGGUAAUCGUAUUUUUUCCCUGGGUCGAAGGUUCCCUGCUCUGUUGUCUCCACAAGUAAAGUGCAUCUAUCUGU